UUGCUUCUCUCUCACUCCAAAUCCUCCCAAAAAAAAAUGCCUUUCUUCUUCCCCUUUCUUCUCUUCCUCUCCCUCCUCUCCGCCGCCACCGCCUGUGAUCGCUGUGUUCAUCAAGCCAAAGCAGCCUUCUACCAGGACGAUGCCGCCGGAGCAUACAGAGGCGCCUGUGGCUAUGGCGAUCUGACACCGGCGCUCGCAAAUGGCUACUUCUCCGCCAUCAUGCCUCCUCUUUACAAGUACGGCGCUGGCUGUGGCGCCUGUUUUCAAGUACGUUGCAAGAACGACAAAAUUUGCACCAAAGAAGGGACCAAAAUUGUCGUGACGGAUCGAAAUGACAACACAUACACCGGAUUGGUUCUUAGCCAAAAGGCUUUUGGUGAAAUGGCUGUGAGUGGGAAAGAUGGAUUGCUUCUGAGUUAUGGAGUUGUGGAUGUGGAAUUCAAAAGGAUUCCUUGUGAAUACAAGAACCAAAACUUGCUGGUUAGAGUGGAAGAAUGGAGUCAAUAUCCAAGUUACUUAGCUAUUAAAUUGCUUUAUCAAGGUGGUCAAACGGAAAUUGUCGGGAUGGAUAUAGCUCAGGUUGGUUAUUCAAAUUGGGAUUAUAUGGGUAGGAACUACGGAGCUGUAUGGGAGACUAAGAAGCCGUUACCAAAAGGGCCAUUGCAGUUGCGGUUCGUAGUGACUUCUGGAUACGAUGGAAAGUGGAUUUGGGCUAAGUAUGUGCUUCCUGCUGAUUGGAGACCUGGACUCAUUUACGAUACUGGAGUUCAAAUCUACGAUAUUGCUAAGGAAGGUUGUCCAACAGAGCAAUGUGGUGAUGGACAGUGGCGACGACGAUAAAUAUAUUUGAUUGGUCCAUCACAUUUAUGUUAUAAUAUAAAGUUAUGGUAUUUGAUGUCUAAUGCCAUGUAACGUAACGUAAGAGAAAUAAAAGAUGAACGGUGUUGUAUCAUAAAUAUAAGUAAAUAAUUAAGUAUAUGAGUUAUUAAUAAUAUAA